AUGUGUUCUCCUCAUCAUCGUCGUCGUCGUCAUAUAUUAUUAUUAUUAAUAAUAUUUGUUGCUUUGUUGCUAUCGUUUUCAUCAUCAUCGUCGGGCAAUUACAUCUUGGUUGAUCCGUCGGGUCGGGGAAAUUUCACGACCAUCCAAGCUGCCAUUAAUGCCGUACCAUCCCACAACACAAAGUGGACUUGCGUGCACAUCAAGCAAGGCCUCUAUAGAGAACAAGUUAGAAUUCCGAUGGAGAAGCCGUUCAUCUACCUCAAAGGCGAAGGAAAAAAGAACACUUACGUGGUUUGGGAUGCACAUGAUUCUAUAGCCACAAGCGCAACCUUCUCGUCCGAGGCCGAUAACACCAUUGCCAAGUGCAUAACAUUUGUAAACUCUUACAAUUCUCCUCCAAAUAAUAAAAGGCCGAUGAAGACGGCAGUGGCAGCCAUGAUACAAGGCGACAAAUCCGCGUUCUACCGAUGCGGUUUCUUCGGUUUUCAAGACACAUUGUGGGACGUUGCCGGCAGACAUUACUUCAAGCUCUGUAGUAUUCAAGGGGCCGUCGAUUUCAUAUUUGGCGCAGGCCAAUCCCUCUAUGAGAGAUGCACGAUAUCGGUAGUGGCGGGGUCUCUACCAAAUGGCGUCCCGGGAUACAUAACCGCUCAGGGACGAUCGAGUAAUAAAGAAACGAACGGUUUUGUGUUCAAAGAGUGCAAAAUAGUGGGAAAUGGGAAUACUUAUUUAGGAAGGGCGUGGAGGGAUUACGCUCGAGUGUUGUUUUACAACAGUUCGAUGUCUGAAAUAAUAGUUCCUCAAGGAUGGGAUAGUUGGUACAACGUUGGGCGGGAGUACCAGUUGACCUUCGCUGAGCAUAGCUGUAAGGGCUUAGGAUCGGACAUGGCGAGGAGGGUCAAGUGGAUAAAGAAGCUCAGCCCACGAUAUUUGAACCACCUAACGUCCUUUUCCUUCAUUGAUGAUAGACAAGGCUGGAUGAGGAAACUACCUUUCCACAUUUAA